CCUGUUUUUCAGCCAUUGUGUUCCUCAUAACGCAAAGUCGUUUGCUUGGUCGCUUGUGCGGUUUUCAGAUUUUGCUGUAUCCCACAAUUGUGCUCUUUCCCCCUCGAAUACUCUAUAGGUUUGUGCGUACCUAUUGGUAAGAUCCUAGUUUAGUGACGUUAAACAUUGACGUUUGUUCGCGGUGUAAGAAUGUCGGUCGACCAAGAUGAGGGAUACAUCGCAAAAUUGCGCGGCCUUCCCUGGUCCGCCACACAAGACGACAUCGUCAAGUUCUUCAAAUCAUCGAGGAUCGUCAACGGACGCGACGGCGUUCACAUGACUUCCUCCAGGGAGGGACGUCCAAGUGGCGAAGCCUUCGUUGAGUUCGAGGGACAGCUGGACUUGGACGUCGCCCUGGAAAAAGAUAGGGAGCACAUCGGUAACAGAUACAUAGAAGUAUUUAAGGUUAACAAAGCAGAGAUGGAUUGGGUCAUCAAACGAUCAGGUCCUACUUAUGGAGCUAAUGAAGAUGGUUGUGUUAGGUUGAGAGGUUUACCUUUUGGCUGUUCCAAAGAAGAAAUUGCACAAUUCUUCACUGGGUUGGAGAUAGUACCCAACGGCAUAACUCUUCUGACUGACUACUCGGGGCGGAGUUCUGGGGAGGCUUACGUUCAGUUUGUAAACAGAGAAGUGGCAGAGAAAGCUCUGCAGAAACACCGGGAAAAGAUCGGACACAGAUACAUAGAGAUAUUCCGCAGCAGUCUGAGCGAAGUGAACAGUGUGGUGGGUUUCGGAGGCGGCGGCGGUAAUAGGAGGAUGGGCGGUGGUCCCGGUGGCGGCAUGUUCAACCCUCGGCCCAGUCCGUAUGACCGUGGUGAUCGGUACGGUGGCGGCGGCGGCGGCCGUUUCCAGUCUCGGGGUUCGCGUAACUUCAAAGGAUCAAAUUUCUCACACAUGUCUGAUUACAACAAUUAUGAUAGAUCUGGGCAAUGGGUUACCUCCAACGGCAACGAUAUGAGAGGAGGAGGUAGGAGCCCCUAUGAGGGCGAUAAUUGGAAUGACAGGAAUAAUCAUGGAAUGCAUUGCGUUCACAUGAGGGGGCUGCCAUUCAAAGCCACACAAGCAGACAUUGCAGAUUUCUUUAGACCAAUAAUUCCGGUCUCCAUCCGCCUCUUACAGGACAAUACGGGCAGGGCAUCAGGAGAGGCGGAUGUAGAAUUUGCCUCGCAUGAUGAUGCGUUGCGAGCAAUGAGCAAAGACAAGAGCAACAUGCAACACCGUUACAUCGAACUGUUUCUGAACUCAUCGGGAAUGGUAAAUGGCGGCGGUAACGGCGGCGGCGGCGGCGGGGGUCCACAAUUUGGUGGACCAGGUAGGAGACGCAUGUAGAGUCUCCCUCUCAUCAUUUACAAUUUCCAUCCGUCUUUAGACAGUCUGUUGUCGCAAUGCCAUUUGAUUAGAUACUGACAAAUUUAUAUUAUAUUUAUUAUGUGUGUAUGAAGAGAUUUGUAGUGUUUAGAUAGGCGAGGAUUCAGGUGAUCUAAAGUAGCAUGUCUAUUUUUGCAAAUGAAUUUUAUUGAAGCAGACUGUUUCCAAUUAUUUAAUUGUUUAUUGUAAUUACUGUAACAGGACUUACUGUAUUUUACUUAAAAAUAAUUUUAAAUGUGUAUAGGAUUGUAUUAAAUGCAGUUAGGGUAGUAGUAUACAAUUACCUCCUAUGUAUAUUGUUUCGUUUUCAUAGAAUUAAGAAGAUGGCCAAGACGAAGCGUACAUGUAUUGAUGUAUGGUUAGCAUUCAGUUGGUUUCUUUAUUUUUGUAUCUUUUUUUUCAAUAAAAGACCUCAUUGACUUGA